GAAGUGCAGGGACUCCGGUCAUGUUUAACGAGAACGGUGACGCUCCUGGACGCUACGACAUCUUCCAGUAUCAGAUUAACAACAGGUCAACGGCCGAGUACAAGGUCAUCGGACACUGGACCAAUCAGCUGCAUCUGACGAUGGAGACCCUCCAGUGGACGACGGGCGACUCCUCGCUGCCGGUGUCGGUGUGCAGCCUGCCCUGCCAGACGGGCGAGAGGAAGAAGGUGGUGAAGGGCAUGCCGUGCUGCUGGCACUGCGAGCGCUGCGAGGGAUACCACUUCCAGGCCAGCGAGUUCACCUGCGAGAUCUGCCCCUACGAGAAAAGACCCGACCAGAACCGAACCAGCUGCCAGCCGAUCCCCAUCAUCAAGCUGGAGUGGAGCUCGCCCUGGGCUCUGUUUCCCGUCUUCAUCUCCAUCCUUGGCAUCAUCGCUACAACCUUUGCCAUCGUCACCUUCGUCCGCUACAACGACACCCCCAUUGUUCGCGCCUCAGGGCGGGAGAUGAGCUACGUGCUGUUGACAGGCAUCUUCCUGUGUUACAUUAUCACCUUCCCCAUGAUCGCUGCACCCGAUGUGGUCGUCUGCUCUUUCCGACGCAUCUUCCUGGGUCUCGGCAUGUGUUUUAGUAACGCCGCGCUUCUCACCAAGACCAACCGCAUCCACCGCAUCUUCGAGCAGGGCAAGACGGCGGUGACGGCGCCGCGGUUCAUCUCCCCGGCCUCCCAGCUGGUUAUCACCUUCUCGCUGAUCUCAGUCCAGCUUCUGGGCGUUCUGGUGUGGUUCUCCGCCGACCCGCCUCACACCUUUGUGGACUACGGUGAGCAGCGUACGCAGGAUCCCUCAAACGCUCGCGGUGUCCUCAAGUGCGAUAUCUCCGACCUGUCGCUCAUCUGCUCGCUGGGAUACAGCAUCCUCUUGAUGGUCACAUGCACUGUUUACGCCAUCAAGACGCGUGGCGUGCCAGAGACCUUCAACGAGGCCAAACCCAUUGGAUUUACUAUGUACACAACCUGCAUCAUCUGGCUCGCCUUCAUCCCCAUCUUCUUCGGCACGGCACAGUCGGCGGAGCGGGUGAGUUUGCCUCUCUGAUAAAUAAUGUACUGUCAUGUUUUAUGUAAUGUUCAGCCCUGCAGCAGGGUUUAGCUUAUAAGUGGAAAUAGACUGCCAGCAGCAUCUACAUGUACACACAGGCCUCCUGUAUGUAUUUAUGUGACACUGAUGACAGUCGAAAGUCCUGUUGUUUCUCAAAGUCAAAGUCAACUUUAUUGUCAAUCUUUCAGUUUGUGUACAGACAGAGAUCGAAAUGCCGUUUCCCACAAUCCCGAAUACAAGAAUAUAUAAAAAUAUGUAUCAAAAUAUGUAUAUCCUAUAAAUACACAAUCGACAGACACAUUUACUGUAUACAUAUGCACACAUUA